UUCACAAAAAGUAGAUGACUCAGUGACUGACAGUGUGUAUAAAGAUACCAGAGCCUCCUGUCUGAUACCUGAAGAACCUUCACAUUUACCUGGAUGCUGCUUCUCUCUACCUGUGAGCAUUCACCUUCCUCCAGACGUCACCAUACGGUUUCAUCAUGAAGAUUCUUCUGAUCCUCUCGGUCAUCCUCUGUGUCACUCUGUCCAUCAGGGCUGCGGCAGUUGUUACCGCUGAUGCUGAUGCUGCUGCAGUAAAAGAGGAAAACAAUUCUUCACUAAAAUCAGGGAUGAAUGCUGACACGGCUGUUCUACCUCAAGCUCGUUUUUCUUUCUGUCUUGAUGGCUGGCUUAGUUUCCGUGGUAACUGCUACUACUUAUCCAACAAUGUUGACACCUGGAGAAAUGCAGAGAGCUUCUGUGCUGGUUACGGUGGCAGUCUGGCCUCCGCGCACAACAUCUGGGAGUACAACUUCCUCCAGCGUGUAGUCAACACGGGGGGGCACACUUUUGCAUGGAUUGGAGGUUACUUCUUCGAGGGUGACUGGAGGUGGGAGGAUGGCUCAGAGUUUAACUUCCAUCACUGGGAAACAUUGAGCUCUACUGACCAUUACCAGUGCCUGCAGGUCGACUCUCAAGGGUCCAGAGGCUGGUCCAACCAUGGCUGCAGCAUGAGCUUCCCCUUUGUUUGCCAGGUGAAGCCAAACUGUUAGUCAUCACCGCAGCAGACACUGGAGCGGAUGUUGGUUAUUCAAAAUAAAAUCAUGUCACUGUCAAGAUAUUACACAAUGUAGAGGUUGUUGUUGUUUGUAUUAUCAUUGUAAAAGGCUGUAUCUUUUCUUAAACAAUAAAAAUGAGUAAUAAAUAUUCA